GGUUACGGGACGCAGUGCGCAGGCGGUGUGGGGUUCUCCAGCUGCCGCGGCGGAUCCGUUGGUACCUUGUCUUCGCUCUGCUCAGGCUCGUUCCUGCUGCCGCCUUCCUUUCUCAGCAGCGCCUCGCCUCGCUCUUCCUGCGCCCUUCACUCUCCCUUCCCGGCGGGCUGGGGCUGCGUCUCUUUGUCGGCUUCCCCCUCAGCCUGGAGACUUUCAAUAUGAACAAUAUCGUCUGCACUGAGAGGCACCAGGUUAUGAUGCAUGAUUAUCACAGAAGAAAUUCAUGUCUAUAGCUCUUAAGGACUUUAUUACAUCAUCUUCAAGCCUGAUAGUUUUGGAAUCCAUAUUGCAGCCGCAAAACCCACGUCUGCCAUUGCAUUUCAACAAACAUCUUCCCUGUCAGAAGACACUGCAACUGAAGUUAAAAUUCUGUUUUAACACAGUGAUACCAUUGGACUAAUUUCAGAUCCCCCAGUUAAAAAUUGACAGUGAUAUAUUUGCCAGCCAGACCAACACCAAAAUGAUUCCUAAUGGGUAUCUGAUGUUCGAGGAUGAAAACUUCAUUGAGUCAUCUGUUGCCAAACUAAAUGCCUUACGUAAAAGCGGUCAGUUCUGCGAUGUCCGUCUCCAGGUAUGUGGCCAUGAGAUGUUGGCACACCGAGCCGUGUUAGCUUGCUGCAGCCCCUACCUGUUUGAAAUCUUCAACAGUGAUAGUGAUUCUCAUGGGAUCUCUCACGUGAAAUUUGAUGAUCUCAACCCAGAGGCUGUUGAAGUUCUGCUCAAUUAUGCCUAUACUGCUCAGUUAAAAGCUGAUAAAGAAUUGGUGAAGGAUGUGUACUCUGCAGCAAAGAAGCUGAAGAUGGAAAGAGUUAAGCAGGUCUGCGGUGACUAUUUGCUCUCCAAGAUGGACGUUCAGAGCUGCAUCUCUUACCGGAACUUUGCAAGUUGUAUGGGAGACUCGCGUUUGUUGAACAAGAUCGAUGGCUACAUCCAGGAACACCUUUUGCAGAUUUCAGAACAGGAAGAAUUUCUCAAACUUCCACGGCUAAAGCUUGAAGUCAUGCUGGAAGACAAUGUUGGCCUGCCCAGCAAUGGCAAAUUGUACACAAAGGUAAUCAACUGGGUCCAGCGCAGCAUCUGGGAAAACGGAGACAGCCUGGAAGAUCUCAUGGAAGAGGUUCAAACGCUGUACUACUCAGCUGAUCACAAGCUGCUUGAUGGAAAUCUGCUAGAUGGACAGGCUGAGGUGUAUGGCAGUGAUGAUGACCACAUUCAGUUUGUGCAGAAGAAGCCACCACGUGAGAAUGAUCACAGGCAGAUCAGUAGCAGCUCCUCUGGAAGCCUUUCUCCAAAUGCUACUGCUCAGAGUCCUAAACAUGACUGGAAAAUCAUUGCUUCAGAGAAGACAUCAAGUAACACCUACCUGUGUCUGGCUGUUCUGGAUGGUGUGCUGUGCGUGAUAUUCCUGCAUGGCCGCAACAGCCCCCAGAGCUCUCCCACGAGCACACCACGGCUGCUGAAGAGCCUGAGCUUUGAGCUCCAACCAGACGACAUCAUCGAGAAGCCCAUGUCUCCCAUGCAGUACGCUCGCUCCGGGCUCGGCACUGCUGAGCUCAAUGGCAAGCUCAUCGCUGCAGGUGGCUACAACAGAGAGGAGUGUUUGCGCACAGUGGAGUGCUAUGACCCGCAGAAGGACACCUGGACCUUCCUUGCACCAAUGAGAACACCAAGAGCUCGGUUCCAGAUGGCAGUUUUGAUGGGGCAGCUGUAUGUGGUGGGUGGGUCAAAUGGCCACUCAGAUGACCUGAGCUGUGGAGAGAUGUAUGAGCCGGAGAUAGACGACUGGACUCCUGUUCCGGAGCUGAGGACCAACCGCUGCAAUGCAGGAGUCUGUGCCCUGAACGGGAAGCUGUACAUUGUUGGUGGCUCAGAUCCUUAUGGCCAGAAGGGACUGAAGAACUGUGAUGUGUUUGAUCCUGUAACAAAGUCCUGGACGAGUUGUGCCCCCCUCAAUAUCCGGAGACACCAGUCUGCAGUGUGUGAGCUGGGGGGGUACCUCUACAUCAUUGGAGGAGCAGAAUCCUGGAAUUGCUUGAGCAGUGUGGAGCGCUACAACCCAGAGAACAACACCUGGACCCUGAUGGCACCUAUGAACGUGGCUCGUCGAGGAGCUGGGGUGGCAGUUCGUGACGGAAAACUCUUUGUGGGUGGUGGCUUCGAUGGCUCCCACGCAGUGAGCUGUGUGGAGAUGUAUGACCCUGCUCGCAACGAGUGGAAGAUGAUGGGAGGCAUGACCACCCCCAGGAGCAACGCUGGCAUCACCACGGUGGCAAACACUAUUUAUGCUGUUGGGGGCUUCGAUGGCAAUGAAUUCCUGAACACAGUUGAAGUCUACAAUCCAGAGUCCAAUGAGUGGAGCCCCUACACAAAAAUUCUCAAGUUCUAAGUGAAUUAAAUUGCCCUUUCAAACUAACAGGCUUAGUGAUGUAAUUGUGUUUUCAGUAGAGGUACAGAUGUGAAUAGGGGUGGGGAGAGGGCAGACAGGUUGCCAACAGCAACACAGAGCUUUUGCAUAUUGCAUAUUAAUGUGCUGUACAUAUUUGUUUUGGAGGGAAUACCGAGAUGAAGGGGGGCUGUGUAUUUUAGGACUUUGUGUUGGGGGGGUGGGGUGUUUUCUUUUUGUAAAAAGAUUGUUUUGAAGAGAAUGCAGGAGACACUAGACUAGGCAUAUCGGUUCUGGAGAUUCCCCCAGGGCUUCUUUGGGCACUUGGCACGUGGGCUUCUCCUGGAGGGUGUGCUGUUGGGGCAAGAAGCAUCAGGGUGAUGUGGGCUAGGUUUUUCAUCAGGCCUUGUUUUCCUUGGGUAACUGGAACAAUCUAACAAGAAGCCUUAUUUAAAUAGAGAAAAUGGCUAUUUUUUUUUAUUAAAAAAGCUGACAUGCCUGCCAAUACCUUAUCUUUUAUGAUUGCCUUUUUAUAACAGUUUUUAUAUACUCAGCAGAGUAUUUUAUCUGUCGAAAGCAGUAGGCAGCUGCUUAUGGAAGCAAAGAGUCAACUUUGGAGUUCAUAGAGACUGAGUGGACAACUGCUUGACCACUGUAGGUGAGCUUCUGGACUUUGGCCUCUGGUACAGUGUAGUCCCUUAGCAAGUGACAGCUGUGCUAGCACUGAAUGGAGUUCUGAACACAACCUAGCUGUGACUUUGCAGGCUGGGAGAAGGAUUUUUUGGCUCCAAAGCUCUUGAGGAAGAUGAAGAGGGUGCUUUCUGUACAGCAGUUUUGUUACUUGGGGUGAGCUAACCUUUGUAAAACACAGACUUCAGUGUGGGGCUUUUCUCAUGGUUUUUAAACUCUUUGCCAGCUGGCAGUGGAAGUGUAUUCAUUUGACUAGUAAUGUCUUCACCUUAUUUUUCUAAUACAAGCAGCUGGAAGUGUGGUAGAACACAAGUAACUCGAUCUCGUCUGUGCUCAUAGUUAUGUGUUUUAGUUCACUUGCUCUAUUCCUGCAGAUAAGAUGUUGGUUAGGAUGCUGUGGUGUCUAAUGUGUAGUGCUGCACAUCUAACUACUUGUGCCAAACCCAGCACUGACUGCUUAUUGCUGAUGCAAACACAUUAAAGGUACCUUGUGGGAAAUCCUUGCACCACAGGAUUGCUGUGA